AUGACCGACGAGGAGCAUUCUGAUUCUCGGACAGAAGACGACUAUGAAGAAGGCGAAGAAGCAUAUGAUGAUGAAGGUACUUUAGACGAAGAGGAAAUGUUGCAUCCAGAAGAGAACUAUCAAGAUGAACUUAAAAUGCUAGAAGAUGAUGCAAAUUUAUCAGUGGAAGAAUUAAGACAAAAAUACUGCAGCGUUGUUGCCGAUGAAGAGUAUGAUGAUACUCAGUCGGCAUCAACAUCAGAUGAUACCCGUAAAUCUGAAAGUGUAGAUGAUACAGCUACGAAUCUUGAUUUCACGGAACCAGAUAUAGUUGCAUCACCAGUUUCGUCUUCCAAAAAAGGAAAAAAAGAGCAUGGGUAUUUCUCAGAUGUUGAUGAUAAUGAAGAGGACACUGAUUAUGUGCCACCUGAUCGUUGGCGGAGGAUUGUGAGGCAGGGAGCAAUGUAUCAGGCCUCUGUACCAGAAACAAUGUCGACGGGUUCCAGAAGUCCAAGAGAAGAGCUUGAAAUGCUUUUGUGGUCACCUCAUUGUGAUGUAUCAAUGAAGAAAGUGGAGGAAUAUUUGAAGAACUAUUACGACAGGGUACUACAAAGCAAUGACUCAUCUUUGCCGGUCGAAACGCGUAAAUCUGGGAUUUCAAAUCGAAGUUUUCCUGUGAAGGAUGAUGAAGACGCUUUGAAAGCCCUACUGAAUGCGAAGUACAAUACAAGCAUGGCAUUGGCCAGUUAUCCAUUUCCACGUGCUAAUGCUCCUUUGAAGAGUGUUGGACCAAAUCCUGCCAAAUGGAAUGAUCAGGACUGCGAGCUUUUCGAAAGAGGUAUGCAGAUGUAUGGAAAAAAUUUUUGCCUUAUUAAGCGAUUGUUACCUCAUAGGACUGUCGGUGAAAUAGUACACUUCUACUACAUUUGGAAGAAAACAGAACGUCAUGAUAUGUACCAGGAACGAGUUCGCGAAACGAAAAACCAAGACCAUCCUAACUGCACUGAUUUUAUGGGUGGAUUAAUGGAUCAUAUGGAUGAAAGGAGUAAUGUGAAUGUAUUGGACAUAGCAGCAAAUGCAGUUCCGGCUGAAAUGGAUUUGAUAAGUAAGGACUGGGAUUGGAACAAUGAAGAAGAUAAUACGCUUCCUCAUUUGGAUAGCGAUACGAUUGCAAACGUAUUACAGUGA